AUGGCGCGGCUCGCCUCCGCCAGCGGUGUGGGCACGACGCCUGGGGGGCUGUGGGGUGGGCGUUGGCUGCACGAGUUGGUGGAGCGGCGGGGGCCGCGCACCCCCCUCCUCACCCUCUCCAAUCAUCAGUCCUGCAUGGAUGACCCACACCUAUGGGGCUCUCUGAAGCUUCGCCACGUUUGGAGCCUUCACAAAAUGCGAUGGACUCCCACAGCCGCAGACAUCUGCUUCACCCGAGAGCUGCACUCACGUUUCUUCAGCUUGGGACGCUGCGUCCCCGUGUGCCGCGGGGACGGCGUCUACCAGCGUGGGAUGGACUUCGUCCUGGAGAAACUCAAUCAGGGAGAUUGGGUGCACGUCUUCCCCGAGGGUAUGGGGGGCACCGGG